AUGAUUCAACUCGAGAACUUUGCCAACUUGGAAUCUACGAUUUUGGACGAAAUGACUGAAAUCCGUCUUAUCCAGUCAAGAAAAGAAAAGCUAGAUUCAAAAUUUCACGCGUUGAUUGGUUGUUUGAGCAAAACUGAAAGGGAAGAUCGACGUGCUGCAAGAUAUGUUCAAUUAUAUCUAUCGGCUCUUUUAUUGGAGGAAAGCAAUAGUGUUUAUGAAGACUUGGUACUCUAUAAAACAGAAACAUUCGACAAACAAUGGGAAAUCAAAGAAAUUCAGAAGAAAACUUUGGAAAAUCAACUCCAAUUGUUCGAUGAGUAUUCGACAAAGAAACACAUUGCAGACCCAACGGUUUAUCACAUUGAAUUGUCUCAAUAUAGAGCGUCUGAGGAGAAACUGGAUGACAUCAAAAUAAUGGAAAAAAGAGAGAAUCUCGACGUACUUUUUGCGGAGCUUUGUAGAGACUGGGUUUUGCCACCAGAUGCUUCACAGACGUUAGCAGAAGAUGUAUGUCAAUACACUGGUGAGAUGAAAAACCGCAAAGAUCAAUCAAUGUCGGAGUACUCAAACCUUCUCAUAUCGAAUAUGAAAAUUCUGGCAGACAAGACGAAAAAACAAAAGAAAUAA